UUGGUAGCAGCCUUUGCAAAAUCCUGAAUCCACUGCAGUCUGCAGAUGGGAAAUGUGCGCUGAUUUUGAUUCCGCUUGUUCGAACUGCUACUGAGUACUGAGUGUGUGGAUUUUGGAGAUCAGUACUUGUAUUCCACUAUUCCUGUGAUUACAAGGUUGCGCAGCACGAAGUAGUGCAGCUGUGUGCUGCUGCUGGCAGCUGGUUGUGACUGUGUCUUCGUCUCUUGAACUGACGUUAGACUUUUGUAAUCCUGUGAUUGAUGUGCUGCUGACUCCUGAGAGACGGUCUAGCGCACGGUGCAUGGGGUUGUUGUUGCUGGAGCGGGGGAUGCCGUGGAGGGAUCAGCUGGCCCGAGCGUGUUAAACAGACGGAGGAUGGGGAUCCGCUGGAGCCCCGCGGGGGUGCUGGCUGUUAUGUGCGUGGCCUUCCUGGGCUUCUAUCUGAUGCGGGAGACGCUGUGGCCCCUGCUGCCCUUCAGCAGCCCCGGCCCGCACCAGCACAGUCCCCGCGUCAGCGUGGCGGCGGUGUUAUGCGCCGCGGUGGUGGCGGCGCAGCGCGGCGGCGUGGAGGUGCGACGCGUUCACGAGGCGCAGCAGCUCAACGCCAAGAACAAGGGGGGCAACACGCAGACGCGCAAUCCCGUGACGGACGGCGAUCUGCGCUCGCACUUCGCCAUGGCGCGCACGCUGCAGCUGGCCUUCGGGGGCGGACUGCGGGUGGUGUCGGAGGAGCACGGGGCCGUGGAGGGCCAGGGGGAGGGGGCCUUCCCCAACGUGGUGGUGGGCACGGUGGACAACGUCUGUCCCGAGGAGAUCUCCAGUAACAGCGCCGCUAACACUCGCUUCGUGGAUCUGCGCGAGCUGCAGGUGUGGAUCGACCCGCUGGACGCCACGCAGGAGUACACCGAGAGCCUCCUCCACUACGUCACCACCAUGGUUGGUAUAGCUCACAAGGGAAAGGCGAUCGCGGGUGUGAUCCACAAGCCGUUCGAGGAGGACCCUGCCCAGCGCACGUACUGGGCGUGGACGGACGUGGCGGUGUCUGGGAACCUGGAGGAGGUGCUGUCGCGGGACCGCGCCGCUGCCGGCGACACCUCCCGGCCGCACAAACUGAUCGUCAGCCGCUCGCACACCGGCGACGUGGAGGAGGUGGCCCGCGUGGCCUUCCAGGGCCGGCCCAUGGAGGUGGAGCUGGCCGGCGGGGCCGGCUACAAGACGCUGCAGGUGAUCCUGGGCCGCGCCAGUCUGUACCUGCACACGACGCUGAUCAAGAAGUGGGACCUGGGCGCGCCCAACGGCCUGCUGACGGCGCUGGGCGGGCGCCUGACGACCGUGCAGGGCCGGGACGUCGACUACGCGGCGCCGCGCUCCGACGCCGACGUGGUCAGCCACGGCGGCGUGGUGGCCGCCCUCGACGGCCACGCCCACUACCUCGACGUCCUGGCCGCGCUGCAUCCGACCAGCAAGGCGCCCCGCGUCGAUUCCUGAGCCGUUCUUGCCAUGACGAAGGACCUCGGAAGUCGUGGACGUUGCAGUGACAUCGGCUGUAGCCUGUGAGUGCCGUUUCAGGUGACUAACGACACCCCUGUGACCGGCAGCGUGACGGGUUACGCAACUGACCAAUCUCAUGACAUUGUUGCUGCCCGUCGCAGUGCGUCGCACGGGCACUGCGACCGGCAGGCUGUUCUCCGUUAAUGCUCUCUGCUGAUUGUGUUACGAUUUAAUGAAUUCUAAUCUGUCGUAACUUAAUUUAAUUUUUGAUUUGUUGAUAAAAUUAUGCUUAUUCGUUUGGCACCGGUGAUAAGUUAUAAAGUGCGGAUUACUUGCUGCUCC